GCUCCACCACGUUGUGGCCACGGGCGAAACUGCAUCCUCGUUUUUUCUUUUCCUUCCCCCCCCACAAUCUGAGCAAAAUGUAGAAAAAGCCUAAACCCGCAGCUUCUUAAUAAUUAACUAUAGAUACGUACUAGAAUACUACGGAGUACUCAUCUGCUAGACUACUCUGCUACUUUGCUGACUUACUAGUCAAGCAAAGGCCAGCCCAUCCUCCACCCUCCCGUCAGCCCGCCCAUAAUACGUAUAGCCCUCCCCCGGUGUGUCUGCAGCCCUCCGCUGCCGUCAAACUUUCUAUCUUUUUUUUUCUCCCCUUCCCUACUCUCUGCCUUCCUCUGAUCUCUCUCCUCUUCUUCCCUUUCUUCCCUUCUAUUAGUAUAGCGCCUCUUUCUUCUUUCCGCCUGACAAUUUACAACCACCUCUCCGCUCCGCUCCCUUCUCGCCAUGGCUCCCACUACCCGGGAUCUUGAGGCUCUCGCCGUCCACCACGACUCCGACAUCAUGGCUGAUGAUCUGGCCGAGAAGAAGGUCUCCGCUAAUGAAUCCCCCCCGGAAAACGACCCUUUUGGCAAUGAGGAGUGUGGUGAGGUCAAGUACCGUGUCAUGAAAUGGUGGCACUGUGGUAUAUUGAUGAUUGCGGAGAAUAUCUCCCUGGGAAUUCUGUCCUUGCCAUCGGCCGUUGCGACUCUUGGAAUCGUCCCCUCCAUCUUCCUCAUCCUGGGCUUGUCUGGCAUUUCCUGGUACACUGGUUAUGUCAUCGGCCAGUUUAAGCUGCGCUAUCCCCAAGUCCACAGCAUGGGUGAUGCGGGAGAAAUCCUCUUUGGCCGCAUCGGCCGCGAAAUUCUCUUCUUUGGCCAAUUGCUGUUCUGUAUCUUUUUGAUGUCCAGUCACAUUCUCACCUUCACCGUACUGUUCAACACCAUUACCGGUCAUGGCACCUGCACCAUCGUCUUCGGCGUCGUCGGUUUGGUUGUCAGCUUCAUCGGUGCUCUGCCUCGCACCAUGGGCAAGGUGUAUUGGAUGUCUCUCGCCUCUUGUACCAGUAUCACCGUUGCCACGAUCGUCACCAUGGUGGCCAUCGCCGUGCAAGCGCCCGAUCACGUUCAGGUCGAUAUCACCACCCAUCCUAGCUUCUCGACUGCUUUCCUGUCAGUGACCAACAUCGUCUUCGCCUUCAUUGCUCACGUGGCCUUCUUCGGAUUUGCCUCGGAAAUGGAGGAUCCUCGCGACUUCCCCAAGUCGCUGGCCAUGCUGCAGGUCACGGAUACAACCAUGUACAUCGUCACGGCCAUGGUCAUCUACCGUUACGCUGGUCCUGAUGUUGCUUCCCCGGCGCUGUCCUCUGCCGGUCCGCUGAUGAGCAAGGUUGCCUACGGCCUUGCCAUUCCUACCGUGAUCAUUGCCGGAGUUGUGUUCGGUCAUGUCGCGUCCAAGUACAUCUACGUUCGUGUCUGGCGCGGCUCCCCCCAGAUGCACACGAACAGUCUUGCGGCUGUCGGAUCGUGGGUCGCCAUUGCACUGGGCGUGUGGGUAAUUGCUUGGAUCAUUGCCGAGUCAAUCCCGGUGUUCAACGAUUUGUUGAGUUUGAUCAGUUCUCUCUUCGGUAGUUGGUUCAGUUACGGACUCCCUGCCAUGUUCUGGUUGGUCAUGAACCGUGGCCAGUACACUGCCUCGCCCAGAAAGAUCUUCCUGACCAUUGUCAACCUCGUCAUCUUCGGCAUUGCCUGCGCCAUUUGCGGCUUGGGUCUCUACGUCUCUGGCAAGGCCAUCCACGACAGCUCUUCCUCGGCCAGCUGGACGUGCGCCAACAAUGCCUCCACCUAAGGGUGGAUUGAGUCCUUCCGAGCGGAUUCUUCACAGGGUCCACCUCGGCCUCUCUGCUAACCUCCCAGAUCGAGCUGGGCUGUUCUGGGGUAUUCAACGCAUUGGUGUUCGUAUAGGUGUUUGAUGGGUCAUUUUCGUUGAGUUCCGAGAAAUGGUUUUUCAUGUCAUGUUUAUGUUUUGCGUCUAUGGUUUUGUUUUUCCCCCACUAGCCGGCAUCCACUCGUACCUAUUACCUGUUUGUUCAUUGCAUGUCAUUAUCAUCCCCCCUGUGUACAGAAUGUAUAUACUACCUCUACUGCUGCUAUUACUACAACUACUACAUGACGAUGACUACUACUCUAUCCUGGUUGGUCCACUCGCUUGCGGUUGUUUCUGCCGGGUGGACAUGGAUGCAGAGCUCCUCUUCGGUACAUUGCAUCGCAUCAUGAAGAUUUUGGUCUUGCAUUUGGGCUUGAAAAAUAGCACGCGAGUCUUUUGACAUAUUUAGGAGAAUAGACUUCAUUACGAAAAAGGAAAAGAAAUUUUG